GGCACAGCGAGACGGGCACGGGCCUCAUUUUAGCGCUGUUAUUUUGGGCUCCGUCCGGCGUAUCGUUACUAUUGCAGAGAGGUACAAUGGCGUCCGACGGAGAACCCGCGAUGAAGAAGCGUCGCUCCAAUGAUGAAGGGUGGUGGAACUGCGCUUCGUGCCUCAGUUCCUCUGUGUGCUGGAGUCACGCCGCCGACGUCCUGAGCAGUGCAGCCGGGCGCCCCAAAAUCCAGAGCCGGUUGGAAGAGGCGCAGGCCGCAGUGGCCAAGGCCCAGAAGAAGGCGGAUGGCUUGCAGCGUGCGCUGAAACGGAUGGCUCGAGGCUUGACCUCCCCCGUGCUGCUGAUCCUGCAUGGCGGCUGGCUGGAAGGCGACAAGGGCUGGGCUCCGGGCCGCCUGCCGGUGAGUCUGGCGGUGCCCAGCUCGGCCCUGGACCCGGCCCUGGCGGCCUCUACGUGCGCCGCCCUGAGCAAGGUGAAGCUGGAGAUGGAGGGCUGCUCGUCGGGCAUGUUCUACGGCCGCGACGUGCCGCUGCCCGACCAGCUGGUCGCGCUCGUCCCCGCGCGGCCCGCCCAGGAGAUGCGGCCCGGCGCUGUGCUGUUCGACACGGCCAGGCAGCGCCUCUUCAUCCACGUGCGCAGAACACCCGAAAUGAAGCGGACGCGAUCUGGGUCCUGCAAGCUGCUGGGGUACCUCCUCCCGGAGGGUUUGAACAGCCUGUCGUUCACCCACGUGCCCAACGCCCGGACUGCGGCCUGCGUGUACUGCCACCGGACCGACAGCGUGUCCAUUCCCUUCACCGACGUCAAGGUGCAGACCUGCUUUGACCCGGACAAAGGCGUCUCAUCCGGUUGUGGUACCAUGAAGUCUUCACCUAACGAGACCAACAAGGCCACGAAGAAGGAUCCUGCGCAUUAGUGCUCAUGAGUUAGUUGCCCCAUUGCGAUGUGGCUGUGUUUUUUACGAUUAUUUUUACUCCAUGUGCUUCCAAUGUUCAAGUAUUAUUUUAUCGCGAGUGCAUCUGUGCACAUCUGGCUGUAAGAUUUUAUUCAGUUUUUAAUUAGUUCUUGUUUGAUGCUAAUUGUGGCCUUGGCAACCUGCAUACAAACUUUUCGAAUUUA